UUGCAUACUUAAUCAAACUUCUGUUUUCUAGUACUUAGUUUGUACUUUCACGUGAUACUUAUUAAAGGUCCAUUAAGUUGCGUAUAUACAAUAAUUAAAACUUUUAAUCCAUUGGUUCAACUACAUCACUUCAACACAUAAUACACUGUAAUCUUUCAUAAUAAAGAUGUAAUCUACAGUCUCAACCGACAACAGAGAUAGACGGUCUGAUUAUACUGAACAUCUCAUCUAAAUUAGCCGAUGCUGGUGCUGUUCCCAUGACGGAGGCCGCAUUCCCGCGUUGAAUUUCAAUGCUGAACCUCUGGCGCAGAUACUCAAUCGCCCGUAUCUCGCCCGUUUCUGCGCGUAUCAUCUGUCCGAGUUCGGUGACCAUGCGAGAAGCGUCUGGUCCCAAAGGUCCGAGUGUUUCGACGCCUACUGCACGGAACAUGUAGUCCUGUGUGAUGUCACGAUACUUCGCCACUUUAUCCUGCUCUGCGCGCGCCGCGGCUGCUCCCGCUUGUUUCGAUGUUGCCACGAUGUGCGACAAGGCUACUGUGCACACACAUGUAGCAUCCCAGUAUAAGUUUUGUUAACCAUGGACGCUGCGAAACAUCCUCAUGCUCCUCCCGAACCCGAUGCUCGCCCUGUUUUUGAAUCCUAUCAUUAUCCUUCAUCUCCAGCCACCAUAGCGCCGUUUCCUCCAGGACACGUUCAGGUUCAGCAUACCCAGCACGUUCACGCUCCUCCGGAUUCGAAGAAUUCGUAUACUUAUGAGAAGACUACCGUCGUCGAGGGGUCCGGAUCCAAACAGUCUAAAACGGGAAGCGGGAAACUGUUUGGAUCCAUUUCAAAAGUUGGCUCGGAUUUAGUGGCGAAGGGACUGGUCGCCACAAAUAAAGCUGUAGACUUCGUGGCUGGGAAACUGGAUGAAACUAUCCAGAAACAUUACGGAGGCAGUGCCGUUAUGAAUCUGUUCCAAACAGGAAAUGUUGUGCAGCUUAUAUCCAAAACUACUGGCCGAACACUGGAGAUUCUUCAGGCCCCUAACGGGCAGCUAGUGCUGGAUUCCAAUGGGCCUGACGAUCCUCAAGCGUUUCAUACGCAUUUCAUCGUGAACCGAGAAGCCGACAAUAUUGUCACGCUGCAUAACAACUACAACUAUAUUGCCAUUGUCAACGGAUAUACCACUAUACACCGAGCUGCGGAACAAGGCCACGUUACUUUGCAUUGUCGUUUACGUCUGCAUGAACCGUCGGAUAAGUACGUCAGCCUGGAGUCGGUUCAGGAGAAGAAUAACACAGUGGGAGUGACCGUGAAUGGAGCACUGAAGUCUGCUCUCGCUACGCGACCAGGCGAUAAGGAUGCCUAUUUCGCCAUCCGCUUGAUAUAUUCGCCGCAUGGUGCACCACCGACCGUUAAUUCCAAGCAAAAGCAGUGAUUUCUCCUUGGAAAUUACUUUCAGUGGCAACUGCAUACUAUAUAGUGAUACAAACGUUUUAUUAAUUUGUCCGGGUUUUCUGCUGCCUUGUUUCCGAAAUCGAAACUACAAAAUCGUUGAAAUCCGCCUUUGAAUUUUUAAUUCGUCCAGUUUGAGCUGUAUAGUUAUAAAUUGCUUGAAUAUCGAUUUUAUUGGUGUCCAGUCUUUUUCUGUGCCAUUAUGCCUCUUUCAUUUACAUGAUUUAGAAAGACUGCUGCAGUUUACUUGAACCUUUUCUAGGAAUGUCCUUCAUUCGCUUUUUUAAAUGAUGCUUGUAUUUCGUUUUGAUAAAUUUGAAUGCGAAAAGA